AUCUAGUUCACUUAACAUUGUUAAUAAGUUCAGUGGCAGUUUAAACAAUGUUGUUGAAAUUAGUUUUAUUAAGUUUAAUUUUUAGUUUGAGUAGUGCUGAAAAGUUUCGGUACGAUGGCUACGCGUUGUACAAGAUAAUGCCUCAGAAUGAACAUCAGGUUCAGUUUCUUAAGGAUCUGGAAUAUAAUGAUAAGGAAUUGGAUUUCUGGAGGCCUCCUACUAGAGUGGGUGAAUAUGUGAGUGUUGUGACCCCUCCUGAGAAGAAGGAUGAUUUAAAAAAAUCUUUGACGCAAAUGAAUAUACAUAAUGAGGUUAUGCUGGAUAGUAUUCAAGAAGCCAUCGACGCUCAAGUGCAUAGCAGACAAAAACGCAGUCCUCGUGUGAUACGUGAGCCUGUCAUGCAUUUCGACGGCUACCACACUCUUGAGAACAUCAAUAACUGGUUCCAACACCUUGCGGAGGAGCACAGUAAUAUCGUUACUUUGGUCACUGCUGGAACUUCACAUGAAGGAAGAAACAUCACCGGUAUCAAAAUAGCCCGAAACUCUAACCGACCAGCGUUCUUCCUCGAAGCCGGUCAGAUCGGAGCCGAUUGGCUGUCUCCCACCGUAGUCUGCUACAUUGUGGACCAGCUCGUUCGCGGAGAAAACCCUGAAGCAUUGGCUGCUUCGCAGGACUACGAGUGGCAUAUAUUUCCCAGUGUCAACCCUGAUGGAUUUGAGUUUUCUGAUAACAGUGUCAGAUUAUGGACUAAAAACCGCACACCACAAAGUGGCAACCAGAUUGGAGUUGAUCUUACAAGAAACUGGAACUCUCAAUGGGGAGUUCGCGGUGGAAGCUUCAGCCCAGCCGAAGCCAGCUUCAUCGGUAUUGGCCCGUUCUCUGAACCAGAGACCCGUGCUCUCUCCAGAUACAUAGAGAGCAUUGGUCACAAUUUAGCCGCAGUUUUGUCCUUCAGGGGAUUCGGACAAAGACUGGUCAUACCUUACGCUCACACGACAGAGCCACUGGACAACUAUGAUGAAAUGAUUACUAUUGGACGAAGAGCAAUGGGUUCGUUAGCUGUGAAAUAUGACACUCAAUAUUUAGUUGGUAACUCUGCUACAGUUCAUGACGGAGCAACGGGCGUACUCGUCGACUGGGCCAAAUACAGGUUCAGACCUCCAGUAGCAGCUACCUUCUUGCUGAGGGACAACAUCGGUUGGGGCCAUGUAUUACCCGUUGUGCAGGUGCUGCCCUCCUGUGAGGAAACCUACGAUGCAGUCGUAGCCAUCAUCAGAGAGGCGAAAUUUAUUAAUGUGCUGUAA